AUGGGUGAUGUUCAUGGUGAUGAUCGAGUAUUUUCGCAAUUAUUGCAUCAUUUAAAUUUAACCUCGGAAAUUGGAGGAGAAAUUGAAUUCAAGCAAAAUGAUUUGUUAUUUAUUCAAACAGGAGAUGUGUUGGAUCGAGGGCCUGAUGGAUUAAAAAUAUUAAAAUUUCUAAUGAAAGCUAUAGACAAGUCUAAUGAUCGAGUGGAUUUUCUGUUAGGAAAUCAUGAACUUAUGAAUUUAUAUGGAAAUUUUUAUUAUGUUCAUGAGAAUGAAUAUUCUAGUGAAUAUAAAAAUUUAUUACUGGAUGAUCAAUCUCCAAUUAGAAGAUUUUUAUUAGAGAGAAAUACUGUUCGACUUGUGGAUGGAGUUGUUUAUACUCAUGCUGGACUACUUCCAUUCUUUAUUGAAAAUGAUCCAAAUCUCAUGCAAAAUAUUCAAAAUCCAGACAUGGUUGUGAAAUUGUUAAAUGAAAAAACAGUCCACUUGUUGAAACAUGGAACACGUGGUUUUCACACGAGAUCACCCAAGUCGUUGCUAGGACCAAAAGGACCUUUCUGGACUCGAGAUUUAUCUGAUCAUGAAGAUUGUCAAUCUCUUUACAACACUUUGGAUCUUUUAAAAGCCAAUCACAUGGUGGUAGGUCAUACCAUUAAAGACGAAGUAACGAUUCUUUGUCAUGACAAACAGAGGAAAAAGAGUUUAAUAUGCAUUGAUACAGGAAUGAGUAAUGAAUAUGGAGGUCUGCCAUACGCUGUUAAAAUUGUCGAUGGAAAAACUAUAUAUAUUUAUAAUUCAAAAACGAAUGACACAACAAUGAUCGAUUUAGAAACAAAUGAACGUUUUGAAAUCUCACUCUUACCAUCAACAAGUGGAUUCAAUAUUCGAAUGAUAUUGACCUGUUUACUUGCAACAGUGUUGUUAUUGAUGACAAGUUUUCUCUGUUUUUCAUCCAAGAAACAACUAGUCAGAGAGACAGACAUUUCUACUAGUAGGAAAUGUUCCACCUCAUCGUCACCAGUCAUGAUUCCAUCUCCUCCAACUAUACAAUUUAAACUUGACAAUGAAAAGAAAAUUCAAGGAAGUCGAAAGAGUAUUCGAUAUGAUUUUAUUAAUCCUCAACAUUUUGAAAAUGGCCAUUUGAGAAAAACUUUGUAA